AUGAUUGAGAGUGGCAUAACGGAUCCACUUGAGUUUCCAUUAGCACUUGACAAAUUAUUGGGCAAAGAGAUAGCUUUUAAAGUCAAAUGGCAGUCACUUUUGGAUAAUUGCUCAAUAGUUUCUGUUUUUAAGGACAAAUCUGUAAUCAUCCAACUAAAGGAAACUUGCGGAGAUGAUAUCAUAUUUGUUUCUAAUCCCCCACCCACACCAUUGAUCCAGCAGGAAUUUGAGAUAACAUCCAAACUCAACCCGGAUCCGGCCAUGCCAACAGCAAAGAGAUCGACUCUAGAUUGCUCGAGUUAA